AAAAUGGGGUGUCGGUUUUGAUUUUCUACUUACUGCAUUUUACAGUCUGUAUCCCGAUUUUUCAAGGGCGAAAACGUGAAAUUUGAUUUAUCUGUUUUUGGUGUUGAAACAAUUUUUUACAUUAGCAAAAGCAUUUAAUUGCAUAGGAACCACAUAAUGUGGCCAGUUAUAUCGACCAUGGCUAUCGAAAAUUGAGGGUAAUUUGUAAAACACAAACGGACUUGCUUUGUAUUUGUUAGUUUAGAAACAGCCCAACGAGCCAGGAUUCAAAGGGUGUAUUUUUUUUUUGUGCUUUAAAUGAUAAUGAUUAAGGUGGUUCAUUGUCUUCCUUCACUUCACAUGAAUAUAAACAGGCACUGCGCGCUGCUCCAGCAGAUGUUGAAGAUAAGGAGAAAAACCUUGUUGCAAUGCUGUACCUUAAUCGUGCUUCCACAUUGCAUGUGAGUUUUAACUCGUGAUCAUUCAUGGCCCACAUGUGUUACCAAGUGAAAUUGGGAUUCUUUCUGGAAAGUCUGAGAGAUUGCAGCCGGGCUCUCAUAGUAUCCCCAGCCUAUGCAAAGGCAUGGUUUAGGAGAGCUAAGGCAAAUUCUUCAUUGGGCAACUAUGAAGAUGCUAUCAAGGAUUUGACUGUUUCCCUGAAGAUAGAGACAUCCUCGAGUGGAAAAAAACAGAUAGAAAAUGAACUUAAUAUGCUGUUGAACAAAUCCGGGCUAAGUCGUGCUAUAGAGAAACCAUAUCAUGACAGCUCAGAGGAACGUCUUCUGAUGGAACUCAAAUAUGUCUCUACAACUACUAAAGGGAGGGGAAUGACCUCAUUUACUGACAUUCCCCUGGCUUCUUUAAUUCAUAAGGAAGAUCCAUAUGCUGCGAUUAUAUUGAAGAAUUGUCGGGAAACUCAUUGUGCUUUCUGCUUCAAUGAACUACCAGCGGAUACAGUGCCCUGCGUCUCAUGUUCAAUUCCAUUAUACUGCUCUCUAAAUUGUCAAGUACAAGCAGGAGGAGAAGAUUUUUCACUGUGUAAGGACAAAUAUAGGCUUCCACAAGAGUUAUCUGAUGAUCUUGAACAAUAUGCUAAAAAUGUGACUUCGCCUGACAUUUCAAGUUCAAGUAUUGAACAUGCUGCUGAACAUAAACAUGAGUGUCAAGGUAUGCACUGGCCUGCAGUUUUGCCGUCUGAUGUGGUUCUGGCUGGCCGCAUCCUCGUGAAGCAUAUAGAAAAACAGAGCUGUGGUGGCGUUGAUUCUAAAAUUAAUCGGAUUCUGGAUCUCUGUGAAAAUUACGGGAAACUUUCGUAUGAAACCAAAUUGGAGUUUCAUGUUUAUUCUAUUAUUCUCCUGUGUUGUCUUCAAAGAUUUUAUGCCUCCAAGCUUCCGUUAAACUCGGCCACAACUUUAGAGAUUAUCAUGCUUCUGUCUAGAAUUAGAGUCAAUUCCAUGGCAAUUGUUCGUAUGAAUCAUCCAGAUGGAAGGCAGAAUCUAGAUUAUAAUGCAACAAGUUCUGUGGAACAGGUUCAAGUGGCUCAAGCUGUAUAUUCUAGUGGCAGUUUAUUCAACCAUUCUUGCGUGCCAAAUGUUCACGCAUAUUUUCUUUCACGUACCCUCUUCAUGCGAGCAACAGAAAAUGUCACAGCAGGAUCCGAACUGGAACUCUCUUACGGCCCUCAGGUUGGGCAGUGGGAUUGCAGUGAGCGUCGCAAGUUUUUGGAAGAGCGAUACUCGUUUAUCUGUCAGUGUAGUGGUUGUUCACAACUGAAUUUUUCUGAUCUUGUCCAUACUGGUUACCGGUGUAGUAUACCAAAUUGUUCUGGAGUAGUCCUGGAGAGCUGUGUUGCUAAAUACGAGAAGGAAAAACUCAAACAUUUCAAAGGACCAGACUCGUUGCAGCAGUAUAUCCUCAAGGAUGAUAAGAUCGGCGGAGUAGCUAGUCAUGUGUUUGAGCAAAAUGAUUACUAUCGUUGCUUUGAGCCAGGCCAUUGUUUGAGUUGUGGCUCUUUUCGUGAUCUACCAGCUUCACAAAAAACAAUCGUCAAAGCUGAGAUUCGUGUCCGAAGAUUGCAGGAAGCAGUAGCUUCUGGUGAAAUUGCAACCGAUUUAGUUGUGGACGCGUUGAAAUCUAUUGAUAUUUUAAGAACAGUAUUGCAUCCUUUCAACAAGAGAAUAGCUGAGGUGGAAGAUAUUAUCGCACAAGCAUUUUGUUCGAUUGGAGAAUUCCAAGCUGCACUGAAACAUUGUCGGGCUUCAAUAGAGAUCUUGGAAAAGCUCUACGGUGAAAGCCACAUCGUCAUUGGGAAUGAGCUGAUUAAACUCGCGUCAAUCCAGUUAUCAAAUGGUCUUAAAAAUGGUGCAGACAAUACAAGUCGAACUGUUGCAAUAUUUUCACAAUAUUAUGGAUCUCAUGCAGACAACAUGUUUCCACAUUUACGGUACCUUAAGAGUUAAGAGGGAAGCCUCCACACUUCAGUAAUUGUUAUGUUUAUACUCUAUCGACCACAUGAAUUUUUGCAAGUUGUAUUAAUUUGUAUCCUUGUGUUAACCAGAUCUAUAUUCAGCUAGUUGCAUUAAUUUAUUACCGUUUGUUCUUUUA